AUGAUUCUCCUCAUCAUUUUCCGUCUUGUCUCUGAUUCCUCUACGUGCACAUUUACACUUUCGUCGUCUAUCGACAUGCAGCUUACACUUAUGAUUCUCCUCAUCAUUUCCGUCUUGUCUCUGAUUCCUCUACGUGCACAUUACAUUUUCGUCGUCUAUCGACAUGCAGCUUACAUUUAUGAUUCUCCUCAUCAUUUCCGUCUUGUCUCUGAUUCCUCUACGUGCAUUACAUUUUCGUCGUCUAUCGACAUGCAGCUUACUAUGAUUCUCCUCAUCAUUUCCGUCUUGUCUCUGAUUCUCUCUACGUCGUCUAUCGACAUGCAGCUUACACAUUCUUUCGUCUUGUCUCUCAUUCCUCUACCUUACACUUAUGAUUCUCCUCAUCAUUUCCGUCUUGUCUCUGAUUCCUCUACGUGCACAUUACACUUUCGUCGUCUAUCGACAUGCAGCUUACUUAUGAUUCUCCUCAUCAUUUCCGAUUUGUCUCUGAUUCCUCUACGUGCACAUUAUAUUUUCGUCGUCUAUCGACAUGCAGCUUACACUUAUGAUUCUCCUCAUCAUUUCCGUCUUGUCUCUGAUUCUCUACGUGCACAUUACAUUUUCGUCGUCUAUCGACAUGCAGCUUACACUUCUCCUCAUCAUUUCGAUUUGUCUCCUCAUCAUUUCCGUCUUCGACAUCUGAUUCCUCUACGUGCUCCUUACACUUUUUCGUCGUCUAUCUCUACGACAUUACAUUUUUCUCCGACAUCUACACUCAUGAUUCUCCUCAUUAUUUCCGUCUUUGUCUCUGAUUCCUCUACGUGCACAUUACACUUUCGUCGUCUAUCGACAUGCAGCUUAUCGACCUCAUGUCUCUCAUUCCUCUACGCACAUUACACUUUCGUCGUCUAUCGACAUGCAGCUUACACUUAUGAUUCUCCUCAUCAUUUCCCUCCUGUCUCUCAUUCUUCUACGUGCACAUUACACUUUCGUCGUCUAUCGACAUGCACACUUAUGAUUCUCCUCAUCAUUUACUUCCCUCUCAUUCCUCUACAUUCUCUCAUGAUUUCUCUCAAUCAUUUCCGUCUUUUGACUUCUCUGAUUCCUCUACGUGCACAUUACACUUUCGUCGUCUAUCGACAUGCAGCUUACACUUAUGAUUCUCCUCAUCAUUUCCUCCUGUCUCUGAUUCUUCUUCUUCCUUACACUUAUGAUUCUACUCAUCAUUUCCGUCUUGUCUCUGAUUCCUCUACGUGCUCAUUACACUUUCGUCGUCUGUCGACAUGCAGCUUACAUUUCUCCUCAUCAUUUCCGAUUUGUCUCUGUUCCUCUACGUGCACAUUACACUUUCGUCGUCUAUCGACAUGCAGCUUACACUUAUUUCUCCUCAUCAUUUCCGAUUUGUCUCUGAUUCUCUUUAAGUGCACUUUACACUUUCGUCGUCUGUUGACAUACAGAUUAUCAUUAUGGUUCUCUCAUCAUUUCGUCUUCUCUCUGAUUCCUCUACGUGCACAUUACACUUUCGUCGUCUAUCGACCUGCAGCUUACACUUAUGAUUCUCCUCAUCAUUUCCGUCGUCUCUUAUUCCUUUACGUGCACAUUACAUCGACAUGCAGCUUACAUUAUGAUUCUCCUCAUCAUUUCCUUCUGUCUCUGAAUCUUCUACGUGCACAUUACACUUUCGUUGUCUAUCGACAUGCAGCUUACUUACUCCUCAUCAUUUCCGUCUUCCCUGCCUCUACGUGCACAUUACACGUUCGUCGUCUAUCGACAUACAGAUUAUCAUUAUGA